UGUUCGUCACACGUCAUUGUCCGGCGACCGGCUUCCGUGCUCGGCCCAGCCAUGGAGAGCGGAGGGAGGCCCUCGCUGGGCCAGUUCAUCCUCCUGGGCACCAGCUCUGUUGUCACCGCCGUCCUGUUCUCCGUGUUCCGGCAGAAGGCCCAGGUCGCCCAAGAGCUCAAGGGAGCUAAAAGAAUCCAUUUGGGUGAAGACUUAAAGAGCAUUCUUUCAGAAGCUCCCGGAAAAUGUGUGCCUUACGCUGUUAUUGAAGGAGCUGUUCGAUCUGUUAAAGAAACGCUUAACAGCCAGUUUGUGGAGAAUUGCAAGGGAGUGAUUCAGCGGCUGACGCUGCAGGAGCACAAGAUGGUAUGGAAUCGAACAACCCACCUUUGGAAUGACUGUUCGAAGAUCAUUCACCAGAGGACCAACACGGUGCCCUUUGACCUGGUACCCCACGAGGACGGUGUGGAUGUGGCUGUGCGAGUGCUGAAGCCGCUGGACUCACUGGAUCUGGGCCUGGAGACUGUGUACGAGAAGUUCCACCCCUCCAUCCAGUCCUUCACCGAUGUCAUCGGCCACUACAUCAGCGGCGAGCGGCCCAAAGGCAUUCAGGAGACCGAGGAGAUGCUGAAGGUUGGGGCCACCCUCACGGGGGUGGGCGAACUGGUCUUGGACAACAACUCAGUCCGCCUGCAGCCCCCCAAGCAGGGCAUGCAGUACUAUCUCAGCAGCCAGGACUUCGAGAGCCUGCUGCAGAGGCAGGAGUCGAGUGUCAGGCUCUGGAAGGUCCUGACACUGGUUUUCGGCUUUGCCACGUGUGCCACCCUCUUCUUUAUCCUCCGAAAGCAGUAUCUGCAGUGGCAGGAGCGACUGCGCCUCAAGCAGAUGGAGAAGGCGUUCCGAGAGCACGAGGCACAGCUGCUGAGCCAAGCCAGGCCCGAGGACAGGGAGAGCCUGAAGAGCACCUGCGUCGUGUGUCUGAGCAACUUCAAGUCUUGCGUCUUCCUGGAGUGUGGGCACGUCUGUUCCUGCACCGAGUGCUACUGCACUCUGCCAGAGCCCAAGAGGUGCCCCAUCUGCAGGCAGGAGAUCACCCGGGUGAUUCCCUUGUACAACAGCUAAGGUCCUGAGGCCUCACCGACGCACUCGAAAACAACUUCCCCUUUUCAGGGUGUUUAUCAGGAGGCCUUGAGAAGAGCAGUGGUGGGGCAGCUGUUACCUCCGGGCGUGGCUGAGGGAGCGGGGUGGGGAGCUCUCACACCUCCAACAGUAGGAUGCUGCCUUUCCAGCCUGAGAGGGGACCCUUUCCAGCACCACGUGAGAAUCAAAGCCCCACCCUGGGUGUGGUGGCAUAGAAUCCCUGCCCAGGAACCCGACGACUGUGUGUGUGUGUGUGUGUGUGUGCGCG